UUUUUUAUUUUAAUAUAUCCUCAAAUAUAAAAUCUAUGCAAUUUAUGAUAUUUUUCUUUCUUUUAACUGACCCCAGAAUCAAGUUUCCUAAGGAGUGUAAAGAAUCAAGUACUUUGACAAACAAACACUCUGUCCCUCUCUUCCAUUCCUUACAUGAAAAACCAACACUACAUACUUCAUCAUUCCAUCUUCACUUCACCACUCUUCCUUCUCCUCCAUGGCUUCUCCCCUCCUCUUCAUCUCCCUCUCCCUCCUCCUCUCUUUCUCCUCUUCAUCGUCCCUACCGCCAUCGCCGCCAUCAUCCUUAUCCAAUUAUCAUAUCCCUCAAAGUUAUAUAGUGUACUUGGGUGGAUCAAAUGAUGAAGAUCAAUUUGACAUGAAAAUUACCGAGUCAGCUCAUUCACAAUUGCUUUCUACUGUCAUUCCAAGUUCGGAAAGAGAGAGGAUGUCGGUGGGUCAUGUAUACCAUCAUACAUUCAGGGGAUUCUCUGCCUUUCUUACUGCCACUGAAGCUUCUCUGCUUUCUGGUCAUGAAGAAGUAAUAUCAGUGUUUCGUGAUCCAAGUUUGGAGCUCCACACUACAAGAUCUUGGGAUUUCUUGGAUCAGCAAUCUGGACUUGGAACUCAUUUUCAAUUUCAAAAGCAUGGAUUUCCCUCCUCUGAUGUCAUCAUUGGAAUGAUUGACACAGGUAUUUCUAAGCUUCUCAUUUAUUUCUACUGUUUUCUCGGUUGACACGUGUCUUUAUUACAGGUGCUUGUCAUUGCACAAUUUUAACAAUUAAUAUCUCUAAUUUAUAAAAAUUGUAUAUUAUUAUAAAAUAAGGGGAAAGGGAGAAUAUAAGAGGGAGAUGUAGAUAGACAAUUGUGUUGUCUCUAUUCAUCCAUUUCAUGAGACAUCUAUAUAUAUAUAAUGUGAACAAUGUACCUAUAUAGACAAUGAAGAGUACAUUCAAGAAGAGUCACAAUGUGAAUUAAAGGCAUAUGGAGGUUACAAAUGAAAUUACAAAGACACUUAAGAUAGUCAUAUUAAAGAGAUAGUUACAAGCUAUAAUGGGCAUACAUUAUUAUUUGUAACACUCCCCUUUGGAUGCCCAUUAUCUAAGAGAGAUUUAAUGGGCUUAUAUGCCGCCUCAUUAAAAAACCUUUUCGGAAAAACCCUGUGGGAAAAAACCAUGGAUAAGGGAAAAAGAGUGCAGCGCGCAAUUACUCCCCCUCAUUUUUAUAUCACUGAAGAUCUUUGAGACGACACAAUCCAGUAUGAUAAACUAACUUUUUAAAUGUUGCGGUCGGAAGAGUCUUAGUGAAUAAGUAUGCUACAUUAGUAGAAUAAAUGUAAUGACAAGCGGUUCAAACCCCCUAAUGACAAGCUGUUUUGAACCGCAUGGGAUUAGGGGGCUUGCCAUUUGCCAUUUAAAGGGAAAGCGGUUCAGAACCGCUUGCCAUUACUAGAGAAAGGGCAGCGGUUUUGGCGCCAAACCGCUGCCCAAUAUGGGUAUAAAAAUUUAAUUUUUUUUUUUUGGAUUUUUCACAUAAAUUGAUACACAAAUCAAACAUAUGUAAAAGCAUUAAUAUUUUUAUUAAUUAUUUGUUCUAAUAUUACAUUUACAUAAAAAAAAAAUUAAUACAAGUAACACCACCAGCCACGACCACCAACACCAUCUCAUGUUGCUUCGUACCACCAGCCAUGACCACCAACACCACCGGCCCACCACGACCCACCAAUACCAGUACACCCACCAGCCAUGACCACCCACCACG